CAUCCUGACCAGAAGAGGCGCUGUUUGCAUCGAGCGCCGCGGUUAAAUCGAGAUCUUCUUCGGGUUCACCUCCAGCCGUGGUGUGUACUGAAAGUCGGAAGUUGUUAGUUAGUGAAAUUUGACAAAAUGGCAGAAGAUAACAGUUAUGAGUCAAUGCUCUGUGUGAAACCCGAGGUUCAUGUUUACCAGAUCCCGCCGCGAGCUUCUAACCGUGGAUAUCGUGCUGCUGACUGGAAGCUGGAUGAACCUGCAUGGAGUGGUAGGAUGAAAAUCACAGCUAAAGGCAAGUUGGCCUUCAUCAAGCUAGAGGACAGAAACACAGGAGAACUGUUUGCACAAGCUCCAGUCGAUCAGUAUCCAGGUUGUGUAGUUGAAGCAGUCACAGACUCCAGCAGGUAUUUUGUGAUUCGGAUAGAGGACGGCAAUGGACGUCAUGCUUUUAUCGGUCUGGGUUUUGCUGAUCGCGGAGACUCCUUUGACUUCAAUGUCGCUUUACAAGACCAUUUUAAGUGGGUGAAGCAAGAAGGUGAGCUCGCAAAACAGGAAGCUUCUCAGAGCACAGCACCCAAACUGGACCUGAGCUUCAAAGAGGGACAGACUAUCAAGAUCAGCAUUGGGAACAUCAAGAAGAAGGAUGCAGGAGGGGCUAAAAUGCGGCCGGUAGGUGGGGGUCUGCUCCCACCUCCACCAGGAGUGAAGGUUGGAGGUGUCAUACCGCCUCCUGCAGGACAACAGACAGUCCCAGCUGUUCAGACUAACACUGCCCCACUUCUAGACUACAGUUCUCCAGUCCCUGCAGCCCAGCCCAGCUCUGAUGUGUGGGGGGAUUUCACAUCUGCUGGUUCCAACUCCAGUCAAGACACUGUCAAGCCAGGGUGGGUCCAGUUUAGUUGAGUCUGGAUGUGCACACACUCAGGUUCCAUUCAUUCCACAGACAGGACGAUUGUGGCAAAAAUCUAAAGAAAAAGGGGAACUGUCGACUGACUUUCUUGUUUGCUGCACUUGAUUUGCAAUGAGUCUUUUCACUUAAAGUAGAUCUGCUGACCAACACACUCUGGAGGAACAAAUUGUAAAAUGUGUGUGUGUGUGUGUUAUUCUUUUUUCACACUCUGCUAUGCAGUAGGACCUGUCUUUGAUUCUAGUAAGCAGGUAACCACUAAACAUCACUGUGGGAGUCUCUGCUGUCUUUGAGAAAACGGAGCAUAUUGUUAUUAACUGGGUGAACACAUCCAUCCAUUGCCUUAAAUCAAAUGUAUUCUAUUUUUAGUUUCUAAUGCUCUGACUUCUCUUCUGCCCAGAGCAGAGAUAAUGUGUCCCUCUGAGAUGCAUCUCAUUACAUCAGCCUGGCUCAUCCUAAGCUUGUCUUUAUUAUUUGGGAAAGUAAAUGGUGUACCAAUUGAAGUAUCCAUGUUUCAUUACGCUGUAUAUAUAACAGUAUGUGUGUGUGGUUUUGUCUUUCCUCCCCUAGUUUGUAACUAUUCCUAUCUUUCUAGUUCUUGUUUUAGGUGAUGUUGCAAAGAUAUUCUUAUAUAUGAUGAUUAGUUUUAGACUAAAGCUCUUCAGUUGUCAUCAGAAAUAUCAGGAUUGUGGUGUUGGAAAUAAGUCACUCAGAGUUGUUAGUAUAUUUGCGUUUAUUGUUGUGUAAACCCAUCAUGUGCUUUUGCUUUUUAAAAUGUGCCUUUUACCAAAAUGCAAUUUCCUUAAUCUUGUUGAAAAUUUGCAUUAAGUAUUUGAUUAAGUGCCUUUCUGGGGAAAAAAAGAUAUAAAAUGUAAACCCAUGUCUUGUAAAUAAACUAUGUAUUUCA